GUUCCCAGAGGCAGCAUUGACAGCACAGUGUACAAGUGUCGCACCGGUUAAAUGCAUGACUAGUGACAGAUUUCCAAAAAUCUGUAUGUAACGGUAACGUAACUAAACGUUGUCUGCAGUUAAGUACUUCGAAUUAUUCUGUACGUAACGAUUUAUCCUUCUCAAUGGAGUCAGUAACCGAAAGUUCACUGAUGGAGCUCGUGCAGCCUCCACUGUUUUGGCUUGGCGCUGUGACAGCGGCCUGGCUGUCUCUGUGCUCCAUAUACCGACUUUUGAAUGGUGUGAAGAUCUGGAUAUUGGGGAAUGGGAAGCUGGUUUCCCCCACAAGACUUGGCAAAUGGGCAGUGGUAACGGGUGCCACGGAUGGGAUCGGGAAGGCCUAUGCGGAGGAGCUUGCACGACGAGGCUUUUCCAUUGUACUGAUCAGUCGCUCGCAAGAGAAGUUGGAUGACGUCUCCAAAACCAUUGAAAGCAAGUAUGGCGUUGAGACCAAGACCAUUGCUGCAGACUUCAGCUCCAAGGACAUCUACUCGGGCAUCGAGAGCGGCCUCUCCGGCCUGGAGAUUGGCGUUUUGGUGAACAAUGUGGGAAUAUCCUACUCCUAUCCCGAGUUCUUCCUCAACGUGCCUGACCUGGAGCCUUUUAUCGACACAAUGAUUAAUGUCAACAUCACGUCCGUCUGUCAGAUGACCCGGAUUGUGCUGCCCAUGAUGGCGGACAGGUCGAAAGGGGUGAUUCUAAAUAUCUCGUCCGCCAGUGGCAUGUACCCUGUCCCACUUCUCACAAUUUACUCCGCCACCAAGGCAUUUGUGGACUUCUUCUCUCGUGGGCUCAAUGCUGAGUACAAGAAGAAAGGCAUCAUUGUUCAGAGCGUGCUGCCGUUCUUCGUGGCGACCAAGCUGAGCAAGAUCAGGCGGGCGACGUUUGACAAGCCCACCCCUGAGCGCUACGUGGCGGCCGCACUCAACACCGUGGGACUGCAGAGCCAGACCAACGGAUACCUGCCCCACGCCAUCAUGGGCUGGGUGACCACGGCUCUGCUGCCAGCCAAGCUGCUGAACCAGCACGUCAUGAGCAUGGGUCUGGGCCAGCGAGCUCGCUUCCUCAAGAAGCAGAAGCAGGGCUAGAGGCCACCGCGACGCCAGGCCGCCAAGACCACAGGAGAGGAGAGCACCCAGGAGAGAGAGAGAGAGAGACGGAGAGAGAGAGAGAGAGAGAGAAAGAAAAGGAGGAGGAAGAAUGCGACCACACCACCAAAGCCAUGAUGACCAUCAACAUCACGCCUCCCUCUCCUUUCUAAUCCCUCCCUCCAUCCCUCCCUCUCUCUCAUCCCCCCUGCCCUCCUGUUCUCAAGAGGGGACCAAUGACUGGAUUGGAGCACCCAUGUCCAUAUCGAGGCAAUGACGCCAGGCUCUUAACCAAGGGGUUGUUGUGUUGAAGCGUUCAUAAAAUAUGCUUCCCCCAUUAAUUAUUGGCACUUGACACAAACAAUAACAUGGAAUUGCUCUUUUUUUAAUGACUACUAGUAAAAUAAUUCAAUUUUAUAGUUAAUCUGUUUGCUACUGUACAUGGGAAGGAUAGCUGGUGUCAUCACAACACUUACGUACUGAGUAAAGGAAGAAAUGUGUGUCCAUUCCCCUUAACCAGGCUCUCUUAACUGCAGGCAACAUAGUGCUGUAACCAAGUUACUUCUGGAAGUGGGAACACUAGUGGUUUUGUGUGUUUGUUUUCUCGUAUAACGGUUAGUUCAUUGCUUGUUUAACAUGUUCCAUAGUUUUUUGUGAUUGUUUUUUUUCCUCAUGCAAAUGUGAAGAAAGUUCACUAUUUCAGUGUUAUCUGUAUGCACAUGGAAACAGAGAGGGAAGUGUGACACAUGACGGCAACAGCACGACACAAAUCUGCUUGACUACUGCAAAUGUUGAUUUUCACGGUUCAUAGAAAAAUCUGCACUGUUUGAAAACUGAGACUUUUGUCAUCCUUGUUUGAAGAACACACUAGCCCAAAUCUGUUUAUCCAGAGUGUGUUCUUGCAUUUCAGUGGUACAUGCUGUUAUUCAAAAGGUCUGUCAUCAUUUGCAUGUCUAAGCCAUGGCCUGCAGUCUCUCUGAUUCACACCCUCUCUCUCCCACCUGCUGCGAUAUGCAGGAUAGUGUAUUAUCACCAGGGCUGCUGACAGCUUAUGCUGGGCCCAGGACAAAGUCAUCUGAAAGGGCCCCCUAUCCAGUACAUGCAAUGUAAUUCUGGGCCCCAUGUUUCCCCCAUAUGGGCCCGGGACAAUAUACCCCUUUGUCCCUCCCUGUUGGCUGUACUGAUCAUCACCACAUGGGGGUUUGUUAUCAGGCCUGCAUGGCUUUCAAAAGGACUGUUCAAUGAGACAUACACUUAUCGCAGAUCACACAGCUCACCACAUCGUCUUUUUCUGUUUCUGAGGGAUGUCAUGACGGUGAAUUUCACUGAAGUUUUGAGUCUUUUGUGUUUGUCUUGUCAGCGCUAAAUAUUGUUUGUUUGAUUUUUUUGUCCUGUCCUCAAGUGCUGAGCGUCUACAGACAUUUGUAAUAUAAUGGGCCGACCAUUUUCCUCACCAAUAGUUGACAUGCCCAUUCAUUCCCGCAUUGUGCGUUGGAAACGUUGUAAUGACUGAGAUUUGUCACACUGGAUGACCAGUAAUAAGGGCUUGCUUUGUGCGCCGGCAUGAUUUAAAGGCCCGCAAUAUCCGCAACAUCAUCAUGGCAGGAUUGUUGUAUGAAAAAGGCAGAGAAACGUUUUCAUAACAUAAAAUAAAUUGGCUUGAACGUUAAUUUUGGGGAUUCAUGUCUAUGAUCUUAUUCCAUAGUUUAUUGAGUCUUGAUGCUUUUUGUUUGAUUUCUUGUUUGUUUUUUUCCGAUCAGAGGGUUUUUUUGUACAGACCAUACCAACGGAAACCCAUUGCUGAAAUGUUGUCCGGCUCAUGCAUUUGUAAUGGUGAUUAAAGUGCUUUUGAAAGUGA